AUUCAAUCCAGCCACCACAAAUCGGUCUCCCAAAGAAGAAAGCUGCAUUUUUUGCAGGGUUGCAAGAAAGUGGUCCAUGCCUUUCCAGAACCGGGAGUUGGGCAUUAGAUCGGUUGAGCUGGUUCUAAUAGAUGAGGAGGGUACAAGAAUUCAAGCUACCGUACCACAAGAGCACAUUCCACUGUUUAAUGACCAGAUUGAAGAGGGAGGACUUUAUGCCUUUAUGCACUUCACUGUCAAAGAGAAUGUGGGCAAGUGGAGACCAACACAACAUCCAUAUCGCUUUUAUUUUAAUGAAAUUACAAAGGUGAAGGCACAACCAGAUGAUAAACAUCCGUUGUUUCCUCUAAGUACCUAUAAAUUCACAAGCUUCACCGAUGUCUUAAAUUCUCCUAAUGUUGAUGGGCCUGAUCUGAUCGACAUAAUUGGUGCAUAUAAUCCCACUGACCCUCCAAAAAAGCCCUUAGCAUCUGAAGGCC